UUUUAGAGAGAGAGAUGGCCGAUUGAGGAGAGAGAGAGAGAGAAAAGGGAGAAUGUAAGAUGAUGGGAAAAAAAAAGCAAGAGAUUUAUUUCGAGGACUAAAACCCCCGACCAAUUAAUACCCCUUUCCCAAAAGCCGGGUUUAAAUUGGGGCAGGGCAGAGCAGGGUUCUCUGUAAUUCCUCCAUCUAUCUCCUCCAUGCUCUAAAUACCCUUUCCUUUCUUCUGAUUCCUUACUUUAAUGGCGCCCCCUGUUAAUCCCACAGACCCAAAACCGACGGCACCCACAUGACUAUCUCUUUCGCUCCACAUUUCCAUCUCUGAAAACCCGUCUCAGUAGGCAGAGCAAAGAAAACCUUCAAUGGCUGCCUAUUUUGAUUCUCUCUCUACCCUUCUCUGCUCAGAAGAGAUGGAAGAAGGAGAAGAGGAACCACCCAUUGUCAUGCCUUCAAUCUACAUUCAAUCGACAAUGCCCGAUGAAGCCCAUAUAGCCUCUUUGAUUUCACAAGAGACCCAUUUCACCCCAAAAGAGGACUAUCUAUUUAAGCUCCAAUCUGGUAAUGUCAAUGUAUCUGCAAGGAAUGAUGCAGUUGAUUGGAUUUAUAAGGUUCAUGGACAUUACAAUUUUGCUCCUUUGACUGCUUGUUUAUCUGUAAACUACCUGGAUCGGUUCCUAUCUGAGUAUGAACUCCCUCAAGGUAAAGUUUGGAUGGUGCAGCUGCUCUCUGUUGCCUGCCUGUCUCUCGCAGCGAAGAUGGAAGAAACUGACGUGCCAUUGUCAUUGGACUUGCAGGUGAGUGAAGAAACCAAAUUUGUAUUUGAGGCAAGGACCAUUCAGAAAAUGGAGCUCCUAUUGCUCACUACCCUGAAAUGGAGAAUGAAUGCCAUUACCCCAUUUUCCUUCAUCGAUCACUUCAUUUUCAGGACAAAUCCAGAGAACCCAAUUCCUAAAUCUCUCAUAUCUCGAUCAACACAGUUGAUUCUAAACUUAACCAGAGGGAUUGAGUUUCUUGAAUUCAGGCCAUCUGAGCUUGCAUCAGCUGUGGCAAUAUUUGUGUCUAGAGAAAUCCAACCUGCUGUUGACUUCCACGAUGCAAUGGAUUCAUGCUCUCCUCUCAUCAACAAGGAAAAGGUAUCAAAGUGCUAUGAACUGAUUGAAGAGAUUGAGACGACCAAAGACUGCUGUUUUUUCGCCGGAAAAUCAUUUUCCGGCGAGUCUUCGGCCUCUCCAAAGAGCCCAAUCGGUGUCUUAGAGGCCGGGUGUCUCAGCUUUAGCAGCUGUUCUGGAUGUGUCGGCAUCUCAAAUGACGAGACAAUGAGGCUUAAUUGCUUUAUAUGAAUGGGAGAGAAAAAGCAGGUGGGGAUAUUUUGGGAAUUUUGGGGUUGGCUUGGGAUUUUAAUUUAUUUAUAUAUAAGAGGGUGGCUCACGCGUUUGCCAUGAUAGGAUAUCCCAGCCGUUGAAAUUUUUCCAGAGGACAUUGGUUUUUGUUUUAUAGGAAAAUGGAGGAAAAAAAUAAGUUAAUGAAAAACUUGGGGGCAAUGAUUCCCAUUGGGUCUUAGUCCUAUUUUCCACUUGGGCUAAGAUAGGGAAAAAAAAAAAAAA